CUCCUUUCUCCUCCUCUCCCCCGACAACAUGGCCGCGAAGUCGGACGGCGGCGGCGGCCCGGCCGUGCUGCUGGAGAGCCCGGGGGGCGGCGGCGGCGGGCGGCGGGAGGGGAGCGCGGCCCCCCCGGCGCGGCGGUACCGGCUGCGGGACGGGUGCUGGGUGCUCUGCGCCCUCCUCGUCUGCUUCGCGGACGGUGCCUCGGACCUGUGGCUGGCGGCCCAUUACUACGUGCGGGGUCAGCGGUGGUGGUUCGGGCUGACGCUGCUCUUCGUGCUGCUGCCCUCGCUCGUGGUGCAGCUCCUCAGCUUCAGGUGGUUCGUGUACGACUUCGCCGCCGGCAGCACCAAGGACAGCGCUGGCAGCACCAAGGACAGCGCCCGCGGCCCCCGCGGCUGCUGCCGCCUCUGCGUCUGGGUGCUGCAGGGCCUCAUCCACCUCCUGCAGCUGGGGCAGGUCUGGAGGUACCUCCGCACGCUGUACCUGGGGCUGCAGAGCCGGUGGCAGGCCGAGCACCGGCGGCGGCACUUCUACUGGCGCAUGAUGUUUGAGAGCGCGGACAUCAGCAUGCUGCGGCUGCUCGAGACCUUCCUGAAGAGCGCGCCCCAGCUCGUGCUGCAGCUCAGCAUCAUGGUGCAGCAGAACAGCAUCGAGCCCCUGCAGGGGUUCUCGGCCUCGGCCUCGCUGGUGUCCCUGGCGUGGAUGAUCGCCUCCUACCAGAAGGUGCUGCGGGACUCGCGGGAGGACAAGAUGCCCAUGUCCUACAAGGGGGCUGUGGUGCAGAUCCUGUGGCACCUCUUCACCAUCGCUGCCCGCGCCAUCGCCUUCGCCCUCUUCGCCUCCGUGUUCCAGCUCUACUUCGGCAUCUUCAUCGUCACCCACUGGUGCAUCAUGACCUUCUGGAUCAUCCAGGGCGAGACGGACUUCUGCAUGUCCAAGUGGGAGGAGAUCAUCUACAACAUGGUGGUGGGCAUCAUCUACAUCUUCUGCUGGUUCAACGUCAAGGAGGGCCGGAGCCGCUACCGAAUGUGCAUCUACUACAUCAUCACGCUGUCGGAGAACGCCGCCCUCACCAUCCUCUGGUUCCUCUACUACGACCGCGAGACCACCUCCGACUUCGACGCCUUAAUCCUCGUCUGCGUGGUCAGCUCCAGCUUCGCCCUCGGCAUCUUCUUCAUGUUCAUCUACUACUGCCUCUUGCACCCCAACGGCCCCAUCUUCAGCUCCAGCGGCGGGGGCUGCAUUUUCCGGCAGCAGCCGGCCCCGGUGCCGGGGUCCCCCGUGGACGCCGUCACCAGCCCCCCCCGCUCGCUGCCGCGGACUACAGGGGGGGAGCGGGACGGGGCGCCGGGGGAGCGGGACAGUUGUGUGCCCGUCUUCCAGGUGAGACCCUGCGCGCCGCCGGCCCCGGCCGCCCGCGCCCUGCGGACAGAGGGCCCCGUCAUCCGCAUUGACCUGCCCAGGAAGAAGUACCCGGCCUGGGACGCCCACUUCAUCGACCGGCGCCUGCGGAAAACCAUCCUGGCGCUGGAGUACGCGUCCCCCAGCACCCCGCGCCUGCAGUACCGCACCCCCGGCGCCCCCCAGGAGGUGCUGGAGUACGAGACCACCGUGUAGGGUGGGGGGGCGCGGGGCUACGGCAGGGUCCCCCGGUGCCA